GAUGGGGGAGGGAGUCAGAGCUAUGACGUGCUGCCUCUAGCAUUCUCUCCUCUGACUGUUGAGCAACCAGUCUCAUCUCCUUUCUCUGCAGUGGAAAAGGAUACCCACCCAUUUAGAGAAAACCCUUAUCUAAACUCCCGUUGUGCCCCCACCCACAGUCUACCCCUGUUCCUCACCCACCCAUAUUCUGCCUUUUCCUCUGAUCCCACCAGCAUGGCUGAGACCACCAAAACCCAUGUUAUUCUGCUGGCCUGUGGCAGCUUCAAUCCCAUCACAAAAGGACAUAUCCAGAUGUUUGAGAGAGCGCGAGAUUACCUACACAAGACUGGAAAAUAUAUUGUAAUUGGAGGAAUUAUCUCUCCCGUGCAUGACUCAUAUGGCAAGCAGGGUCUGGUGUCAAGUCGGCAUCGCCUCAAUAUGUGUCAGAUGGCUGUGCAGAGCUCAGACUGGAUUCGGGUAGACCCUUGGGAGUGUUACCAAGAUACUUGGCAAACAACAUGCAGUGUGUUGGAACAUCACAGAGACCUCAUGAAGAGAGUAACUGGCUGUAUCUUGUCUAAUGUGAACACACCAUCUGUCACAUCUGUGAUUGGACAGUCUCUGAACCAAUCAACACAGCCUGUUUAUCAGAACAACAAUCUUGCCAACAAGCCCACUGCAGUAAGGAUUCUGGGGAAAGUUGGUGAAGGACUGAGUCGCAUGUGCUGUGCUCGUCCCAAUCUGCAGAGAGUUACAUUUGUAGAUGAGAAUGCUAAUUUGGGCACAGUGAUGAGGUAUGAAGAGAUAGAGCUACGGAUCUUGCUCCUGUGUGGUAGUGACCUGCUUGAGUCAUUUUGUAUCCCUGGUCUCUGGAAUGAGUCCGAUAUGGAAGUUAUCGUGGGUGAUUUUGGCAUUGUGGUUGUGCCACGUGAUGGAACAGACACUGAGCAAAUCAUGAAUCACUCAUCUCUGCUCCGUAAAUACAAGAACAACAUCAUUGUGAUUAAAGAUGACACCAACCAUCCUAUGUCCAAUGUGAGCUCCACGAAGAGCAGACUGGCCUUGCAGCAUGGAGAUGGACAUGUGGUGGAUUAUCUGACACAACCUGUCAUUGACUAUGUCCUGAAAAGCCAGCUUUAUAUCAAUACUUCUGGUUGACUUUGCGUGUUCCAGCAUGGGGUGUAGCUGUAUGCUACCUUCAUCGUCACAAUAAAAUGUGUUAUUGCUCACUACUCACCACAAUCUCUUCACGGACCAUGAUAUCUCUGUUAUCCCACUCAUAACUGCCCUACUCACCUCUCUGCCUUACUCAUUCACUUAAAGUGUACAUGUCACCUUU